UUCUGCACACCCACCCCCGCCGAGAACCGGCCGCCGACUCCGGGGAGAGAGAAGAGCAGAGAAGAGUGUGUGUGUGUGAGGGAGGAAGACGGAAAGGAGCAGCGGAACGAGCGCCGAUUAUUCACAUUUUUUUUUAAAAAGAACCGUGCGCGGGGAAACGGGGGCGCCCGUUGCAACUCCCUCCUUUCCACCCCCUCCAAGAAAUUAAUAAUAAUUCCCCCCUCCCCUUUGUUUCCAGCUAAAGGGGCAGGGAGGCGUGCAAGUUUUGAAUCCAUCUUUGCCCAGCAAGUUUUUUAUUUCUUUUUUCUCUCUCUCUCUUUCGUGUGUCUCUGUGUGUAUUUCUCGUGUCUGUGGAAUCCUCCCUCUUAAUUUUUAAAAGCUCUCCUUCAAGCGAAGCCUCCCCCCCCGCUCUGCUUUUUUCGAUGUUCGGCUUUGGACAUGCGGAGGCUACUGCAACCGUGUUGCUGGAUCUUUUGCCUGAAGAUCACCCUCUCCGUGCUCCAUUACGUGGUGUGCUUCCCCGCUUUGACUGAAGGCUAUGAUGGCUCCCUGCACGAAAGCAGACAUGGCAGUUCAGUGCAGAUCAGGCGGCGGAAGGCAUCCGGGGAUCUUUAUUGGGCAUACUCAGGUGUUUAUGGUCCUGAGCACUGGGUUACUUUGAACACAGACUGUGGGAGAACUCAUCAGUCUCCAAUAGAUAUUAUAGACCAUCAGGCACGCGUUGGAGAAGAGUAUCAGGAAAUACACUUGGUUGGCUUUGAUAAUGAAUCUUCGAACAAGACAUGGAUGAAAAAUACUGGGAAAACUGUUGCUAUCCUCUUAAAGGAUGAUUAUUUCAUCAGUGGUGCUGCGCUACCAGGCAGAUUCAAAGCGGAGAAAGUCGAGUUUCACUGGGGUCAGAGCAGUGGGUCAUCCGGAUCAGAGCACAGCAUCAAUGGGAGGAGAUUCCCAGUAGAGAUGCAGAUUUAUUUCUAUAAUCCUGAUGACUUCGACAGCUUUGGGACAGCAGUGCAAGAGAAAAGAAUAAUAGGAGCCAUGGCUGUCUUCUUUCAAGUCAAUCAGAGGGACAAUCCAGCACUGGAACCUAUUAUCCAUGGGCUGAAGGGUGUCGUACAUCAUGAGAAAGAAACCUUCUUGGAUCCUUUUGUAUUAAGGGAUCUCCUGCCAGCAUCUUUGGGAAGUUACUAUCGAUAUGCAGGUUCACUGACUACCCCUCCUUGCAGCGAGAUUGUGGAAUGGAUUGUUUUUCGUAUGCCUGUCCCCAUCUCUCAUCGACAACUGGAAGCAUUCUAUUCCAUAUUUACCACAGAGCAGCAAGACCACGUCAAAUCAGUGGAAUAUCUGAGGAACAAUUUCCGGCCUCAGCAGAGCCUGAACAACAGGGUGGUGUCCAAGUCUGCUGUGAAGGAUGCCUGGAGCCAAGUGACAACCAGCAGCUUCGACAACCCACUUGGCACUGAAGCCUCCAAAGUCUGUAGUACUCCCCCUGUCAAUAUGAAGGUGAAGUCCGUGAACAGAACAGCCUUGCUGGUGACAUGGAAUCAACCAGAGAUGAUCUAUCAUCCUCCCAUUAUGAACUAUAUGAUUUCCUACAGCUGGACUAAAAAUGAAGAUGAAAAGGAGAAGACUUUCACCAAGGACAGUGACAAGGACCUGAAAGCCAUCAUUAGCCAUGUCUCACCUGACAUCCUUUAUCUGUUCAGAGUUCAAGCAGUUUGCCGAAAUGACAUGCGCAGUGAUUUUAGCCAGACAAUGCUCUUUCAAGAUAACACAACUAGAAUUUUUGAAGGGACCAGAAUAGUAAAAACAGGAGUGAAUAAUGGGCAGAAUGGAGUGUUUGGAAGGAAAAGGAAAUCAAAAGGAAAAAAGAGCCGAGGUAGCAUGUCAGGUACCUCUACUGAUGCUCUUUCUGCUGUGUUUUCUUCUCUUGUUCCCCCUGGUGAUUUCUUCAAGCCUACAGCUUCUCCGGCACCUUCAGCCGACAUGGCUCCCAUCAGUUCUGGAUCUUCCACUUGGACUUCCUCAGGCCUCCCUUUUUCCUUUGUGUCCAUGGCAACUGGAAUGGGGCCUUCGUCCAGUGGGAGUCAGGCAACCGUGGCCUCAGUGGUCACCAGCACCUUACUCGCUGGCCUGGGGUUUAGUAGUAGUGGCAUUUCCUCUUUUCCCAGCACUGUUUGGCCCACUCGUCUUCCAACGUCUGCUUCUGCCAGUAAACAGUCGGCGAGGCCUGUUGUGGCCACGACUGAGGCUUUAUCUUCUCCGGGAGCAGACAGUGACUCCGCCCUCACAAAAGACAACGAAGGCACAGAGGAGGGAGACAAGGACGAGAAAAGUGAAAGCGAGGAUGGCGAAAGAGAGCAUGAAGAAGAGAGGGAAAAGGAUUCGGAAAAGAAAGAGAAAAGUGCCGUGACCGAGGCCGCGGAUGUAGAGGAUAACAGCGAAGUUACAAACACAACUCUUGCUCCCAACAGAACUACGGAGGAGGGAGGGAAUAAAACCAUACCUGGUCACAAGCCGAGCGAAAACAUUAUCCCAACAGGUAGGACUCCCAGCAGAGAAGGAGUUACAGAAACAGACUCUCAUUUCAAAACAGUCCCUUCCACCCAAGUGCCACCAGCUUUCACAAACGAACAAUAUACUCAAGAAAUUCCUAGGAGACCAGAGACAGCAUCCGUGACACCUUUACCAAAAGAUAACAGAUUUAUUACCAUUAAUCCAGCAGACAAGAAUAUGGCAACCAGACCAGCUCCUGGAAAAAUGGAAUGGAUCAUUCCCCUCAUCGUAGUCUCAGCCUUGACAUUUGUGUGCCUCAUACUUCUUAUUGCUGUGCUAGUUUACUGGAGAGGGUGUAACAAAAUAAAGUCCAAGGGCUUACCCCGAUAUUUCCGUGAAGUCUCUUCUUCUCAGGACAGAGGAAAGAAGGGGAACAGAAAAUGUUUUCAAACAGCUCAUUUCUACGUAGAAGACAGCAGCUCCCCACGAGUGGUGCCAAACGAAACCAUUCCUGUUAUUCCCAUCCCAGAUGACAUGGAAGCCAUUCCUGUCAAACAGUUUGUUAAGCAUAUCAGUGAACUAUAUGCCAACAACCAGCAUGGAUUCUCAGAAGACUUUGAGGAAGUGCAGCGUUGUACAUCCGACAUGAACAUCACUGCUGAACAUUCCAAUCACCCCGACAACAAGCACAAAAACAGAUACAUCAACAUUUUAGCAUAUGAUCACAGCAGAGUGAAGCUAAGACCUUUACCGGGAAAAGACUCGAAGCACAGCGACUACAUUAAUGCCAAUUAUGUUGAUGGUUACAACAAAGCAAAAGCCUACAUUGCCACCCAGGGACCUUUAAAGUCGACAUUUGAAGAUUUCUGGAGAAUGAUUUGGGAGCAAAACACUGGAAUUGUUGUCAUGAUUACCAACCUUGUGGAAAAAGGAAGAAGGAAAUGUGACCAAUAUUGGCCAACAGAAAACAGUGAAGAAUACGGCCACAUCAUUGUCACACUGAAGAGCACAAAAGUACAUGCUUGCUACACAGUCCGACGCUUCACAAUCAGGAACACAAAAAUGAAAAAGGGGAACCCUAAAGGACGUCAGAAUGAAAGGACAGUCAUUCAGUAUCACUACACUCAGUGGCCUGACAUGGGUGUGCCUGAAUAUGCACUGCCAGUGCUGACAUUUGUGAGGAGAUCGUCUGCCGCCAGGACUGCUGAGAUGGGUCCAGUGCUUGUGCACUGCAGUGCUGGUGUUGGCAGGACUGGUACCUACAUUGUCAUAGACAGCAUGCUGCAACAGAUAAAAGACAAAAGCACAGUUAAUGUUUUGGGUUUCUUGAAACACAUCAGGACACAGCGCAACUACCUCGUCCAGACAGAGGAACAGUAUGUUUUUAUUCAUGAUGCCUUGUUGGAAGCCAUUCUUGGGAAAGAAACAGAAGUUUCUGCCAACCAGCUACACAGUUAUGUUAAUAGUAUCCUCAUACCUGGAAUUGGGGCUAAGACUCGGCUAGAGAAACAGUUCAAGCUGGUGAUGCAAUGCAACGCAAAAUACGUGGAGUGCUUCAGUGCUCAGAAGGACUGCAACAAAGAAAAGAACAGGAACUCCUCCGUGGUGCCAUCUGAGCGAGCAAGAGUGGGACUAGCGCCAUUACCAGGAACGAAGGGAACGGACUACAUUAAUGCCUCUUAUAUCAUGGGUUACUACCGGAGCAACGAGUUUAUCAUAACGCAGCAUCCUCUGCCCCACACAACGAAAGAUUUCUGGAGAAUGAUCUGGGAUCACAAUGCUCAAAUCAUUGUCAUGCUUCCAGAUAACCAGAGCUUAGCAGAAGAUGAGUUUGUCUACUGGCCAAGUCGGGAAGAAUCCAUGAACUGCGAGGCAUUUACUGUGACCCUCAUCAGCAAAGACAGGUUGUGCCUCUCUAAUGAGGAGCAGAUCAUCAUCCAUGACUUCAUCCUCGAGGCUACCCAGGAUGACUAUGUUCUGGAGGUACGCCAUUUUCAGUGUCCAAAAUGGCCAAACCCGGAUGCUCCAAUCAGCAGUACCUUUGAGCUUAUCAAUGUAAUCAAGGAAGAGGCCUUAACAAGAGAUGGUCCCACUAUUGUUCAUGAUGAGUAUGGAGCAGUGGCAGCUGGAACGUUAUGUGCCCUUACUACCCUGUCCCAGCAGCUGGAGAGUGAAAAUGCUGUUGAUGUUUUCCAGGUGGCAAAGAUGAUCAAUCUGAUGAGGCCUGGAGUAUUUACAGACAUUGAGCAGUACCAGUUUCUUUACAAAGCAAUGCUAAGCCUGGUCAGCACUAAGGAAAAUGGAAAUGCCCCCAUGGCACUGGACAAAAAUGGUGCCGUUAUGGCCAACGACGAAUCAGAUCCUGCGGAAAGCAUGGAGUCGCUUGUCUAAUUGAAAUACAGGAAAAAAGGCACUUAAUUUGUGGAAUUUCUGAAGACUGGGUGAACUUUUUUGAGGCCUUUUUUGCCAGACUCUAGGUUAUACAAUAACCCAAUUACUUUUUUACACUGAUAAAAGUUUUGAUAUUUAUUUUUGCCAUUUUAUGUCUUAAUGGUAUCCUACUGAGCAUUUGCACCUCUGUUUCUUUCACACAGUGAAACGCAAUUUUAUCUAGUUUGCACUAUAUGAUCAGUGUUAACUGCCUAUAAAGUUGUAAUACAAAAGCAAGCAAGCAAGCAAGCAAACCCUGAUGACAUUCCAUGACAACAAACAUGCUACUUAUUAUUUGAAAUGCCAUGGUUUUGUUAAUGACUAUAAGCCUUGACUCUUAAAAGUCCUGCAUUAGUAGGCCAGAGGGAUUGUUUUUGAUUUGCAAGGAAAGUACUUGUACCUUCAACAUCCUCCAAUAUUUAAUGUUUAUUUUUCAGUAAUUCUAUAUUACUGAGUGUUUUCAUAUAAUGUUGGUAAUUGUUAUAGGUCUUCUGUAUUCCAGUAACAUGGAUGAGUGUUCUUUUCUUUUCCUUUUCGAUAAAGUGAUGGGGUGGGUGAUCAUUAGCUUGAGUAAAGUGCAGCAGUUUCUAGAAGAUAAAUAGUUGCUCUGCCUUGUCUUGAAUUCCUUUUCUUGGUUACCUGGAGGCCUAUAAAUUGCUUUUGUAUGGAACACAUAAAAUUAUGUUUACAAAUCACAGAGCAACGAAGCCUUGAGAUUUCAUUCUCAGGUUUUGGCUUUACAACUUCACUGAUCCUGCCCCCAAUUGUUCUUUACAGCAUUUUCAAUUCAAAGGGUAAAAUAAUUUGAUCAUAUUUGCACUAUUGACAAUUCAAUAAUUAACAGUGCAAACAUAUACAAUCAAGUAAUUUUAUUCCAGAAGCAUUUAGGUGGCAAGAGUCCCACAUAUUACACUGUCCACCAUUUUACACACACAUGUCCUUAAUUCUUCUGGAAAAGGACCUUGGACUUAACAGUAUGUUACAUGAUAAAAGAAUUUCUUAAUUUCAUAGCUGUUAGAUGCAGUUUUUACAGGUGUGUAAUUUUCAUACUUUAGUGCUAAAACGUACUGAUCCAUAUUACUGGUGAAGUGAUCUAAUAAAAAAAACUACCUAUAACAUUACACUCUUCCUUUUUUUUUGAACCAAAUUCAUUAUUUAGCACCCACCUUCCAAUUUCAUUAUCAUAUAUUGUAUACUACACAUUGUACUAUUCUGUCCUAUAGUGCAAUCCUAUACACAUCUACUUAGAAAUAAGUGUCACUAGUACAGUGGGACUUACUCCUGGGGUUGCUUGUAUAGGAUUGCAGCCUUAAUCUCCCAUUCCCAAGGAAACCCCUUCCUAUUCAUUACCCCAACAUUAAAUCUUUGUUUCAAACAACUUAAAAUUUUUAUCCAAACCACUUUCUAUGUUGCUUGGUUAUGUGCAGAUGUGUUCCUCUGUCUAGCUUUUUAUUUAUACCUAAGAAUGGGAAAUGAAUUCUGAUGAGGUGCUUGGUUACAUUGCUCAAGCCAUCUGCAGUCACUAAAGAUGAGCAAUGAAUAGCCUGGGAGAAAAAUUACAGAUUGACCUUGCUACUAGUGAAUAAAGAUCAAUACAAUUGGCAUUGCUGGUUUUAAUGACUAAAAGGGUAGAAUGGUCCCACUGUGGCUACUCCUAUUAAUCCAGUACAAGCAGUUUGUGCUCUGAAUUGUUUCUUCAGAAUGCACCAUUUUUUCCUCCUUUUAUGAAUUCCCUUUCUUUUCACUAACUUGACUUGGUAGCAUAGGAAUCCCUCCAUAAACAAAUAUUUAGGUAUACAGUUGGCAACAGAGGCCCAGAUUGGGCUUCUCCCUACCUGGAAGCUCUGUCACUUUGACUUGCACUACUUUGCGGUGGUAGAAGUGGCUGGGCUGCUGUGGGAGGGAAUACAGGAUCAUCCAACAAAGACACUUGUCUACUCUUCAGUGAAAUGGUAGACUGCAGUCAGGGCUGUAACAUUUUUGGACUACCGUUGAGAAUCCUAAUUUAAUACUCUUUCAUACUUCCUAAAGUUUUGCUCUCUAAAAAUGUAGGUAUCAGGUAGGAAAGACUGAGGCUAGUUUUCUCCUUCUGCUUGACAUUUGAGCCACAGCUUCGAAACAAUAAUGCUUGUACAGACUAACACAGCUACCCCUUCUACUGCUUCAAAACAGUACUCCCAAAUCCAUGUUUAGUAAUCCAAGAAGAGACAGGGUGGUGUACGGCCUAAUACCUCUUAAAUUCAAGCUUAUUUUCAAUGGUUCCUCUUAAAACAUUAUUUUAAAAUUUGCUAGGGAUGAAAGCCAACACACUUACGAAAUCAUUUGCAUUCAACAGCCCCAACAACUGCUACAAACAUAUUCCGUAAUAUUACAGGGAUUGCUAUGCAAGUAUUUGGUAUUUUGGACAUUGCAAUAUACAACCAGGAUUUAUACUACACUCUCAAUAUACAUCUGUGGGGCAAAACCACUUCUUUCUUUAGAAGGGUUUGAAUCAUUUCCCUGCAAAUGCAAGAGAUAAUGCUGAAAUUCUGUUGCACCAUUCUGAGUGUGUAAUGGUGAUGACUAGGGGGAUGAUUCCUAUGAUAUUCACAUUUUCUCUGCAACCUACAUUUGAACCCAUAAGCAAGUUCAAAUGUGUUUUAGAAGUAAUCAGGCCUUUCUUACCACAUUUACUUAUAAGCAUGUUCAAACCCAUCCAUAAACUCUUAAACACAGGUUGCGGGGGGGGGGAACCACACGUCACAGAAAUGCUCCCCCUAGUGACAACAUCAUCUGCAGCCACAAAUUGCUGCUGACUAAAGUACACACAACUUUGUUGCAUUCUGUACAAGUGACACUCAACCUGAAAUCACCUUUAAUCAAUGCCAAUUUCUCUUUUAAGCAGUUUUCCACAGAUAGUGGUGUAUGUGGAGCUGUGCAACAUGAUUUCUACCAGUGAAUUAAGGCAUUAAGCUGUUUAUUUUAAUUUGCACAUAUUUAUGAUCACUCCAUUGAUUUUUUUUUAAAAAUGGAGCUUUGGAAUAUUAAAAUCUCCUGAAAGUAUGUCCUUUUAAUUUUAUUGAGUUCUUAAUAUGGACAAAUUAGGAUUGCCACAAACAACCAGAUGCAUGAAACACUUCACCUUUAAUCCAAAUCACUUUAAUCAGACUAUUCAGAAUUGUAAAUCACCUUAAUCAAAGCUAUCCAGCUUGGACACAGGAACAGAUGCAUGUAUAUUUGUCUCCUCUUCCCUCCUGAAUCAAAUUCAAGUAUGUUUUUUUUAAUCCUAGUAUUUUUCCUACAAUACAGUGCUCUUCUAAUAAGAAAAGAAUUAUAGCAGCAGGGAAAUUAUUCAGCAAAAUGACUCCUCUUCUGAAAUUUACCCACCAAAGUAUUGCUUGUAAUUGUUUAUAAUCACACAGGCAAGUGCCUCUUUCACAUAGUUGCCGUGUUCAAAAUGGCUGUUGAAAUUAUUAAUUUGGCAUGAAAGGAAAUACGGCCCAAGAAGAUAUUCCUUUUUUUUCUUAGCUACUCCACUGAAAGAUAAUCUAUUGAGCCCCACUGUAUUCCAUAUGCCCAUCAGACCCAUACACUCUCUAGACUACAGAAUUACUUAGAUUGCAUUUUUAAAAAACCCAUCAGAGGAAUUAAAUAAUCCAUUGCAUAGACAAAGAAUAUUUCCAGAAGUUGCACUCCACAUACCACUUCUCCCAUCUCAAGAUAUGCCAUCCGUAUUGCUUCUGCUGCAACAAGAGAAGGCACAUUGCUUGUAUUAGCAUCAGGGACUGCAGUGUUUUCCAUUGCUGGCAAUGGCCACUGCUUCAGGAAACUUCAGAUUUUGAUCAGGAGAUGGAUUUUAAUCACGUCACAAGCCCAAAUUUUGUGGCAAGAAAUUAUUGGUUCAUUCAGUUUUUUAAAAGUUGGUUGGUUUCCAGAAGUUCUGUUGAUUUGUCUUGGCAAUGUUCACUUUGAUCUCAUUUUAUGGAAGUGACAUCACAGAAAAAUGAAUGAAUUUGUAACCAGGCUGCCUGGUUGCAUUUAAAACUUACACCAAGUCCCAAAAGGAUGUCUGUGUGGGUUUGAAGUCAAAAUUAGACCAGUGUAGCCAAAGUCAGGUUGUUACAAACCUGAUGGCAUUUUAAUUGGCAUUGAUAUUUAUACUGGAUUUGCUCUACAGGCAUAUACAGUAAUUUCAUUCAGUGUUCCGUAAGCAUGCUUUGAAUGAGUUCACAUAGGAAACAGCCCAUAUCUUAAUGAUGCAGUUAGCAUGAGAAGAUGCAAGUGAGAGAUCCACUUAGGGAGAAUGGCUUGCUGUUCCAAGUUCAAGAACAAGCCUCGUAGUACAAAUUCACUGUGGUAUGAAAUGUUGCUGUUCUGAAAUUGUAGUUCUAAACAUGUUCACACACUGUCCUACUAAAGCCACGAGCCCCAAUCCCGAGGCAGUUAGGGCCGAACUAGGUGUGACCUCAACUGUAUGCAUU